AUGGAAAUAACGAAAGCAACAUUAUUUACAAAACGAGUUACAUCCUUCGAAAGAAAGAAACCAAUAACUCCUAAAUUGAGCAUUAGCCCUCAAAGAAAAAAAACAUUGAUCAAUAAACCACUUGCAUCAUCAUUGAAAGGAACCGAAAUUGUUGCUGAUUGCCAAGUCAAAGAAAUACCAAUAUGCUUAGAUAAUACAACAUCACCGUCCUUAAUUGAUACUCAUGGUUCCAUAAGACCAAGACGUAUUCGUAUUGUACAAAAUUUUACAUUAAUAUGGUUAGACUCAAGCAUUGAUGAAACAGAUCUAGACUAUACAAGCUCAUUAGACAAACUUCGACCAAUUGUCAAUAUCAUCAAUACAUUUCGAGAUGCUCAAUUAUGCAUUAAUUUUCUUCAAGAUAUGAAAGAUGUAAAGACAUUUCUGAUUAUCUCAGAUGCUCUUGGAGAAACAACAUUACCUCAAAUUCAUAGCAUGUCUCAACUUGUUGCUAUUUAUGUAUUUUCUACUAAUCCAUCUAAACAUGAACAUUGGGCGAACAAAUGGGGAAAAGUAAAAGGUAUAUUCGUUCAUAUCGACUCGAUUUUUGAUAUAUUAAAACGUGAUGUUCAACAAUGUGACCGUGAUUUGAUUUCAAUUAGUGUUACAAGUAGAGAUUUGAGUCGUCUUGAUCCAUCUUUUAUGUAUACACAAUUACUCAAAGAAGUUCUUAUUGAAAUGCCCCAUGAUGAUAAAGAAAAGAUCGAACUUGCUGAGUUUUGUCGACAACAAUAUCUUGACAAUCAAUAUGAAUUACAAAUGAUUAAUGAAUUUGAACGAGAUUAUCAUAUUCAUACAUCAAUAUGGUGGUAUACACGCGAAUCUUUCGCCUAUCAGAUGCUUAAUCGAGCUCUACGAGUUGAAGAUAUUGAAAUUAUUAUCAAGAUGCGUUUCUUUUUACGCGAUCUUCAUCGACAAAUUAAAGAAUUACAUUCGAAAACUGAAUACAAUGGUCAUUUUACAGUUUAUCGAGGUCAAGGUAUGUCAAUCAGAGACUUUCAAAAAAUCAAAAAUAGUGAAAAUGGUCUUUUGGCAUUCAACAGUUUUCUAUCUACAAGUCUAAGCGAAAGUAUUUCAUUAGGAUUCGCUCGUACAGCAUUAUUCAAUCCCGAUUCAGUAGGCAUUCUCUUUCGUAUGACUAUCAAUCCAUCGGUUUCGUCUACUCCAUUCGCCAAUACUGACACUAUUGGUUUCUACAAUGACUUAGAAAAAGAAGUGUUAUUCUCAAUGCAUACAAUAUUUCGAAUAGGUCAAAUUAAAUCUAUUGAAGAUCGACUAUGGUGUGUAGAACUUUCAUCGGCCAGUGAAGAUGACGAUCAAGAACUUAAACGACUCACGGAAUAUGUACGAAAGGAAACACAAGGAAAAACAGCAUGGCAUCGAAUCGGUAAAUUAUUGAUUAAAACAGGAAGUUUUGAUAAAGCUGAAGAAGUCUGUGAAAUGUUACUCAGAGAAACAUCAAAACAUGAUAGAAAUGAACUUUCACUUCUUUAUUUUCAACUUGCAUAUGUCAAACGGAACAAAGGUAACUAUGACGAAGCACUCAAGUUCUAUCAACAAUCACUUGAAAUUCGACAAAAUAUUCUCUCUCAAAAUCAUCCAGAUUUAGCUGAUACUUACACUUCUAUCGGUUUACUUCAUGACAAUAUGGGUGAAUACUCAAAAGCACUCGAUUUCUAUCAAAAAUCACUUCACAUUUGGAAAAACAUUAUUCCUUCAAAUCAUUCAAAAUUAGCUUCUAUAUACAACAAUAUUGCAACGAUAUAUAUGACUAUAAAAGAGUAUUCAAAAGCAUUGGAAUAUUAUGAACAUUCAUUAAAAAAUGAAAAGAAAUCACUACCAUUAAAUCAUUCCAAUUUGACUAUUACCUCCGGUAACAUUGGUUUUAUGUAUAAAAAAUUGACACAAUAUACAAAAGCACUUGAAUUUUUUCAUAAAGCACUUAAAACCAGUCAAAAUGUUCCUACUUUAAGUCGUCCAUGGUUGGCUAAUAUCUACAAUAACAUUGCUUUAUUGCAUAAAAAUAUGAGCGAUUAUUCAAAAGCAUUGGAAUUUUAUCAUAAAAUGCUUGAAUUUCAACAAGGAUUUAUCACUUCAAAACAUCCAGAGUUGGGUAAUACAUACUGUAAUAUAGCUUUGAUGCAUUACAACAUGCGAGAAUAUUCCAAAGCACUCAAAUUUUAUUUUAAAGCUCUUGAAAUGUAUCAGAAUAAUAUUCCUCUACAUAAUCUAGGCUUCGGCAUUGUCUAUAAUCAAAUUGGUCAAGUCUACGAAAAAAUGGGAGAAUACGCUAAAGCAAUAUCAUUUUAUCAACAAGCUAUUGAAAUUGGACAAAAAUCAUUGUCGAAAAACGAUCCUUGUCUUCAGUCAUGGGGCAGACGCCUUGUUACAAUCCAAAGCAAAAAUAUCUGA